AUGAAGCGCCACGCCUUAACCGGUUGGACUCUCGCGAUCUGCAGGAAGGAUGAAGGCAGCAUCGACGUGGACGUGUUCCUGUGCACGCCACGUGCCCGGAGCGCCAUCCAGGAGGACGGAUCUGACGGCGGCGCCGAGCCGGAGCUCGACGUCAAAGGCCCCCUCGUUGAUUUUGACGACACGAAGCCCUCCAGCACCCGGGCGGGGAAUGUGAAAGCCGAGGGCGAGGACGGGGAGAAGGAGAAGAGGACGCGCAGGCGGCGCACGCCGCACCAGCAGCACCUGAACAAGUUGUGCCAGCGGCGAUACAGAGAGCGUCAGAAGAACAAGAUGAUCGAAAUGGAGGGAAUCGUGAAGAAGCUGGACGAGAAGUCUGCCCUCCUGGCACAGGCGCAGAUCGAGAACGACGGCCUGAGGGGCAUGAAUCAGAGGCUCCAGCUGCUUGUGAGGGAACAGCAGGAGCUGCUGACGACGCUGAACGGAACUGGAGUGUCGCAAGUGGCCGGGGAAGACAUGGGCUUUCCUCUUCAGCAAAUCCCAGAACCAUCGACCUCCUUUCACUCGGGCGGCGACGAGCUAAUUUACGGCGGCGGCCCGCAGAAGCGCGGGCCCGAGCCUGCGAUCCUCGAAGAAAGGGCUAGCUGGACUCCGAACCAAAACGACCCCAUCAUCAGGGCCACUCCCGCGGCUCCGUCAGGCCAAGUUCAGCUGCUCCCCACCGCUCGUUCCGCCCUGUCUGGAGACUUGUGGCCUCUGGGUGCCGGGGUGGCCGGCAGCAUCCUUCGGUCCAAGUCCACCGGACUUUCGUCGUCAGCCGGCGAUCCCAAGAGGAUCAAGAGGCUCAAGACGGGUGAGCCCCCCCUCGCCUGGCCGUCGGAGUACGUAGAGGAAAGCGUCUCCGCUGCCAUGUUCAAUCCGCCCAUUACGACCGGCCACAAGUCGGACGACGACGAAGCCCCGUUUGGAGGCAGCCUGCGGGACUUCAAACGCGCGAGAAUGAGACUCUUCUCCAGCAACAGCUACGGGCCUGUGAAGCCUGUGGGCUCCGAGUCGCCCCCGGUGUUGCUGGUCGGCGCAGACCAGCCAUCAAUGCAGCAGAGCACCAACAUGGGCGCCGUCAGCCUUCCGAUCCAGAGCACCAACGUGGGCGCCAUGAGCCUUCCGAUGCAAUCCGUGCAGCCUGGCUUCGCCGGUGUCGGGCCCCAGUCGCCGACCAUGGGCGGCCAGAUCGCAGCCGAGGGCGCGCCUGUGGACGUGCCGGACUGGCUGAUAUCCGCGCCCGGAGAUGCAAGCGCCGCCGUUCGAGACAUGGCGGCGCAGGUGCAGGAUUUGAGGAACGUGCUGGAGGCGAACGGGAUUUUCAUGGGCGGCGUGCACGCGGGCGAUGAGCUGGUGGGCACACUGGUGGCCAUGCUCUCCCGCACGGCCGAGCACGCGGUGCGCGUCAUCAAGUCUCGCGUGCCCAGGGGGGCCAUCUUCGGCGGCGGGAGCGCGCCGGAGCUGCGGACGGAUCUGGCCCCCGAGGAGAGGGUGGGAUGGGAGAAGUGCGUGACGAUCCUGAACCUGGAUGCGACGCAGAGGGGCGCGGUGCUCGGCCUGAGGGCGGAGCACCUCCAGCGCCUGCAGCGCAUCUACGAGGAGAGGGCACGGCUCAAUGAGGAGGCGAGGUCCUUGAAGCGGGCAUCCGACAGCCAGCAAGGCUACGCUCCCGACAGUCUGAGCUUUGUGUGGGAUCGCCUUAAGCAGAACCUCAGGCAGGAGCACCAAGUGGUCAUCGACGGCCUCCGCGUACUGCUGUUUAGGAUUUUGGGGCCUGUGCAGGCUGCUCUCUUGGUUGUGGAAGCACACCCAGGUGAUGUGGAGUUGAUGAAACUGUCCGCUGCCAUCCUGAGCCUAGGCGGGGGGGGUAGCUGCCAAAGGUCGAGUUCGAGUGGCAGCCUUGGAGCGGCCAAUCGCGAGCGCUCUGCGCUUGAUGGCUGA